AUGCCGGACUAUUUCUACGCCACUCCCGAGUUCCCCAAGGCCAUUGCGCCCUGGGAGUGGUACCAAUAUCCUCCGAUCGAAGCUGGGGCACCGAGACCGUGGUCCGAAACACGAUUAGGCAAUCUUCCAUCGUUCCUACUGAAGGAAAUCCUGGUCUACCUCUGUGAAGCCCGAUCUGAUCAAUGCGAUGUCACUGCCCCGAACAAACCGAGGCGAGGCGAAACCAAGACCCCGUUUUCAUACUUUGUUCGACACACUACUGGCGUACUUGGGACAUGUUCACAGCUACGAAAAGAAACCCUGACCUUUCUCGCAGCGACGACCAUCCAUACCUCGCGGGAAGUGCUCGAACUGCCAUCCUUGCCAGCAGAGAUCGGCCGACAUAACGUGACGUGGAUUCAGUUCCUCAAGGUGGACACUCACUUCUUCCUGAAGACGCGGGCUGAGCGGCACUUCCCUGCCAUUUUGGGCUCUCUUUGCAAUGAUCUUCCGAAUCUGAUGCGAUUCCAAUUGAUCAGUGACUACGCAACCAACGCUCGCCCCCUUGCACAUUCCGAGACUCAUGAUUUUGCAGCAACGACCCGUUACGAGCAGGAGGUCAGAGCAUUGUUGCGCUUCGGAGCAUUCCUGAUCCUACGGCAUAAGAAUCUUGACCUGUUGGUGUGGCCUUGUGACUCAGGUCCGACAUAUGAGAGCGGCCAGCAUCGGACGAGGGUAUACAUUGAUGUCAUCGCGAACACGAUGAGGACUGGUCGUCAAGCCUGCCCCAGAAGGACCCACCCUGAUGGAGACGAACUGGAGAUGGUCGAGGAUCGCAUUCUAAGCGCUACAAAACUGCGUCGUUACCUAUGGGCCGAACUCCCAACCGUCCCUUUCAACGAGUUCAUCAUUUCAAGUGAUGGUUUUUCUUCUGAGAUCGACGAAGGCCAUAGGUGCUUUGCAAAAGUUGACGACGAAGGAUACUGGUAUUCUCGUAGUCAGCACCGCGAGAGACCCAGAUUCGUUCCCGUCGAUGGGCUGAUCAGGAUGUGCCGCAAGCAUUGUCAGAAUGUCUGUGGCGGUACGCAAAGAGAAUAG